AACAAAUAAAUGAAUUGCAAAGAACACUAAGGAUAAGAAAUGAAGUAGACCAUAACAUUUGUAAUCAGAAUAUUACUCGGUUAGAAGAAAGAAUAUCUUACUUUGAGAAUCGGGAAAUACAACGUCAAUGGGGUGAAACAGUGGAUCCAUAUUUACCUAGAAGUAAUGCUUUCAUUG